CGAACGCGUCGACGGUUGCAAGUCCAACGCUCUUUCGCGGUGCCGGCAGUUUACCAUUUUCCGCCAUCGCAAUACCGCCAUGGAGCACGCGCCCGCCGAUCGCCAUGCCCGCAUCUGCCAGUUUCGCCAUGACAUGGCUUGCCACAUAGCCUUGCACAUACCGCCGUCGUCGUUGAGGUGUGAAUCUCCCUCCAUGGCCGCCAUCACGUCGUGGAGCGUUGCUGCAGAAUGGUCGUUGUGGCAAAAGGCUCGAACUUUGGUAUGUCGUUCACCGUGUCACUUUCAUGUAUUGAUGGCAUCUGUGCAGCAUCACUACGUGCUCCUCCUCCGCAAAUUCCUUCGGCAGAUGCACAUCACGGCGCACAUCCCAGUGUCGCCGCGGCAGCUUCGUGAACUAUCCAAGUCAAACUUGGCCGUGAUUCCUGAAACCGCGUCGAUCCACGACGAUACGCGCCGCACCGCAAUGAUUACAGUUGAGAUCUCACACGAUAAACUUCGCCUCACCGAGCUUCAGCACCGAUACAUCAAGUCCAAGUACGGAUUCACCAUCGGUCGCGCCCAAGAGUUCUUACAACCGCUGAGUUUGCACGAUGCAGUUGCGGCGCAAAUCCUGGACAAAUUACAGAAGAUCGCGGCUUUCCUCAACCGCCCGCAAGUCGACCUGCCGUCCGGGGGACUGGAGCUGCUUGAGAAAAAGAUUCAGGGCCAGAUCCUGCCGCUCUAUGAGCGUCUCCAAACUGUAUGCACUUAACUGUGAUCCAGGCUAUUUAGUUAUCCC